AGCACAUGUUCUGAUUUUAUCUGACAGAGCAUAAAUAUCAAUCAGAAGAGUACAAGAUAGAGGCACUGUUCCUUCUUGAAGGUGUUUUUCGUCCGCCAGUCUCAAAGCUUUUGCAGCCUCUAGCAUGUUUUCUUUCAGGCUUGGCUAAUAUGUAGCUCCAUCCACCUUCCAAAGAGGUCUGGCCAUGUUCCCUGCAUCUGCUAAAGAGCAGCUUCGUCUCGGCAUAGUGUUAUGCAUGUAGACCUAAAGGUUCAGUUUUGGUCUCAUCUAAUCAAUAUUGAGCCCUACAUGCUUUGUGGCAAAAUACAGAAACUGCUUCUUGUGGCUUUCCUUCAAUGAUCACUUUCUUCAAGCCAAUCUUUGUGAAAAGCCAAAUUUGUGGCGCAUCCAGCUAGUAGUAGAUUUACCCUCCCAAGCUACGGCUGUCUGCAGCUACUCAGGAGAUACCGUUGACCUUUUGGCUGCCUCUCAAUUUAAGGUUUGUGUUGACUUUCAAGCAAAAUCCAAAUAAAAUACAUACAAAUUUGGGGUUACAAAGAUUUAAAAAAUUUGAAAAGGUUCAGGCAUUACUGGAGACAUGGUAUAACUUUUGCAUAGUAAGACUGUUAAUUUCUGCAAAUCCCUGUCAAUGGCGAUAAUCUGAAAGAAAAGCUUGCUGUUUUGGAAUAAAGAUUGAAGAGAACACCCUUCAAAGAUCUCUCUGAUAUGAGUAAAGAAAACAGCAAAGCUCCCCAUGAGCAGACAUUUCCGCCCCCUCCAACUCUUUCUGUACACAUCAAGGGAGAAUUCUCAGAAUACCGCACUGACACCUCUGUGCAGGUUUAACACGAUGCAGAGGAAACAACAAAACCCAGAGUUCACGUUACCAGAAAUGAGCCUUGCUGCAGGAUUUGUCACAAAAACUCUGCAAGCAAGUGGCAGGAUGACAAUGAAAUCUUGAUGCGCAGCUCAGCAACACACACACGCGCAGCUCAGUAGCAGUGACUUUGGCAGCCGGUGUGCACUAUGAACGCAACGGAGUAUGAAUUUUAUGACUAUGAUCCUGGCUGCAAUGAAACAAGUUGGGUCUCCACCAGUGGGUCUAUGCUCAUCCCUGUUCUUUACUACAUCUUGUUCUGUGUGGGCCUUAUGGGAAACGGGAUCGUUCUCUGGGUUCUCCUCCGGUACACAAAGAUAAGGACUAUGACUGACGUGUUCCUCCUAAACUUGGUCCUGUCGGACCUUUUAGUGGCUGUGUCUCUGCCUGUCUGGGUCCACAUCGCCCAGAGCCUUCCAUCCUGCAAACUGGCUACAGGAUUUUAUCAAUUGGGUUUCUACAGCGGGACGUUCUUUGUGACCAUGAUGAGCGUGGACCGCUACCUCGCCAUCGUCCACGCUGUGGCAGCCAUGCGAAAACGGACCCUUCGCUACGGACUCAUCGCCAGCUUCACCACCUGGGUCACGUCUGUGGUCUUGGCAACUCCCCAAAUGGUCUUUGCCAGCUUAGAGUCGCCGGACAAUGACAGCUUCCAGUGCCAUCCCAUCUACCCGGAGGAAACCAAGGAGUCGUGGAAAAUGCAGCGAAAUUUCACAGAGAAUGCGGUGGCCCUUUUUGUCUGUCUUCCUGUCAUUCUUUUUUGCUACGUGAACAUCCUCGUAGUGGUCUCCAAAUCCAGGAACUCCAAAAGGGACAAAGCGAUCAAGUUGAUUUUCACUGUGGUGUGUCUGUUUGUGCUGUGCUGGGUGCCCUACAACAUCGUAGUCUUCCUGAAGACACUGCAAAUGAUGUCUGAAUCCCUAAACAACUGCGAGUCGUCACAGGCCAUCGAUUCAGCCAUGGCCUUUGCUGAGAUCAUCGCUCUGUCUCACUGCUGCGUAAAUCCAGUCAUCUACGCAUUCGUCGGGGAGAAGUUCAGGAAGACGUUGGCCAAAGUGCUUUCCAAGUAUUUCCGUUGGCAUUACCAGACCACCAGCCAAACCACAGACAACGAGACCUCCAACACACCUGUACGAUCAGAAUAUUGAAACUGGGUCAUCGUUGUGAUUGAGGCGGGAUGUGCGGUGCUUUUCUGUUUCUCUGCACCAAGAGACUAAAUAGAUAAAGAUGCAUGCAUGUGUGUGUGUAAGACAGCAUGGUGGCAGUGGUUAUGGCGGAGUGGGAGGGCACGCGGUUUCGGCUCGCAAAGGUUUUAACGCAAGUAUCAAGUUCUUCCUUGUCACAUGUGAGGGGAUGACUCAUUCGGAAAGUGUGCAAGAAUUACCUGAAACAUUUAAAUGCAAACUCCAACCAACCUAUGCCUUUCUGUCGUUCUGUUCAGCAUUUAACAAGAAGUACAAUUGUAGAUAAAAAAAACUUAAUCAUUUAUUUUUAUAUAUAUAUAU